AGCUGGCCAAUGCCCCCGGCUAUGGUGAACGCUGCCUACGAGCCCACACAGAACUCCAUCACAAUUCCGGCCGGAAUUUUAAAGACACCAUUUUUUGACAGUCAAAGACCUGCUGUAUUAAACUAUGGCGCUAUUGGAUUGGUUGUCGGACACGAAAUGACUCACGGAUUUGAUGACGAGGGAAGUCAAUUCGACUUAAAGGGAAAUCUCAAGAAUUGGUGGACAAAAGAAAUUCACGAAAAGUUUGAUGAAAAGGCCAAUUGUUUUAUAACUGAAUACUCGGGUGAAUACGUGCCUGAAGUGAAAAUGCAUUUGAACGGCAAGAAUACCGUCGGAGAGAAUAUCGCAGACAAUGGAGGGAUGAGAGAGUCUUACCGCGCGUUUCAGGCAUACGUCCAAAAACAUGGUGAACCCAAACGUCUUCCACACGUUUGGUGUAGUCUUUGGAGACCCGAGGCAUUGAAGACCCAAAUUGAGUACAACCCUCACAGUCCCGGCAAAUACAGAGUCAAUGUUCCCGUCUCUAAC